UCAAGCCUUUUUCGCGGUGUUAUUUGUGAGCCUUAAAGCUCCGGCUGAUUUCAUUUUAGCUGUAUAAUCCAGUAGGAACUAGUAGGCCCUUUGCCUGUUCGCUUUGCUUCGCUACAGUGUCAAUAUCGAUUAAUUCAUUGUGUUAUCAUACUGGGGUAUACUGCACACUAACUUCAACAGUCUUGCUACAAACUCCCUUAUGUCGUGACUGUCAACUAAUCGCGUAGACCGGCGACAGCUUUACUUUGUCCUUCACACAACUUUCGCAUAUUCAUCGCUAAAGUGCUAUUUGCACUUGUAUUAGCCUUGUUUGUUUUCCCUUAAUUCCAGUCUGCUCAAUUACCGUGUCAUGUGCAGUGUGGGUGGAAUGCUAAACUGGGGCAAUCAACUCUCCCGUCACUUUGGCCCGGCCGAGAACUGGCGCACGCCUGCUAGGCCGAUCAUUGCUCUCACCCUACCCUUUGGUUCCCAGUCGUUCAUGCGAGGAGUUCUUUGUUGCUAGCAGUACUUAGUCACGGUUCGGCUAGUCCAAAUCAGCAGUAGUUAGCAGGCUUUAGGGUAGCAGAUACAGCAUGGCGCCUCUCGAUAAUUUGUUUCUUCUACUCGCUGUUGUGUGCUUCACUCGUGGCAUAGCCUCAGCGAUCACACCUCCGGCUUGUAAUGUAGUUCCAGCCGCAGAUAAAUGCGCGGGAGGGAUCUUUAGCCAGUGUGCGCGAGAUAACGAUUGUCCAGCCGCCAAAAAAUGCUGCUGGGAUGGCUGCUACAGGAGAUGCACUGACGUCACCAAGACAUCCACACAUGUCCAGCGUACGAAGCAUGGCACAUGUCCACGGGUGCAUAUGGUGUUCCCUUGCACGGCCAAGGCAGACUUUUGUCUAGACGACUCCCACUGUGCUGGUGAUGAGAAAUGCUGUAUUGGUCAGGACUGCGGGAAAAAUUGCAUGCUCCCGCAACAUCUCACUAAAGUGAAAAAAGAACAAAACAAGAAGAAGGACAUGUGCCCUUUCCUGCUAGCGCCCAUCUCGUGCGAGAAACCGGUCAUCGAAUGUUCUAGUGACAUUCACUGUAGCAUUGGGAUGAAGUGCUGUUCAGAUACGUGUAACAGUAAAUGCGUGGAGUCGCAAACACUCGAAGGCAUCGGACGCAAGGCACAGAUCGUGCCUAUCACAGAGCCAAUCAUACUCGACAAACCGGGUCAGUGCCCAAUCCUGGAGAUGCCAGAAGUCUGUAAUCCGCAUGCUUACGAGUGUAAUUAUGACGUCGACUGCUGGGAUAGUGAUAAGAAAUGUUGUGAUAAUGGCUGCACCAGCGUUUGCGUACCUCCGGUGACACAACAAACUACUGCCUUGCCGACAAGUAAACGAACGCCGACACCAGCCACCGAACCGGUAUUUACCACUCAACGGACGCCGACAGCAAAACAAAUGCCAACGACAGAACGAAUACCAACGUCGGAACAAAAACCGACGACAAAACGAGUGCCAACGACGGGGCAAAUCCAGGCGACCCCCGAAAUGCCUACGACCAAGCAAAUACCGAUUACUGAAAGAAUGCGUAGCACCAAGCAAAUGCCGGCAACAUACCAAUUUUCUACGACCAAUAAAAUGCCGAUGAGCGAGAAAAAGCCGACGACUAAGCAAUUACCAAUCACCGAAAAAAAGCCGACGACAACUAAGCUGCCGAUGACUGAGCAAAUACCUACGACCAAUAAAAUGCCGAUGACCGAGAAAAAGCCGACGACUAAGCAAUUACCGAUCACCGAAAAAAAGCCGACGACAACUAAGCUGCCGAUGACUGAGCAAAUACCUACUACCAAGCAAACGGCGAUGACCGAGAAAAAGCCGACGACUGAGCGAAAGCACAGGACCAGAUCAACACCAGAUACACCCUUCUCUACAUGGUCACCGGUCACCAUGGAAACAGGUUCGCCACGACCAGGUGACACCAUGACUGUCAACGUGAUGACGGAAGAGAUUUUGGCUACCUCCCUGGAGUCGACGACAAUGCCACUGCGUUCCACAUCAGCUCCAACAGAGCGCUCCACCUCGUCCCAAAAGCCUACGUCCGAUAUUAACUCAGCAACAUCCAGAGCACCCUCGAUUGCAAUAGAUGUAAUGACCACUGAAGAACCGACGUACCCUUCAGAAGGAAAAGAAGGCAUCUGGAUUUUUCCCGACCGCCUGAUGACUGAGGCUGGCAAGACGGCGGGUGCCGCGUGUACGGUCAGGGGGGAGCCCUUCGAGGGGUGGUACUCCCCCAAGGGGAUCAAGAUAACCUCUACUGAUACCUCGGAUAACGUGCACGUGACCAAGCAAGGGCAGGACUACUUCCUCGUCAUCAAAAAGACGGAUGUCAGUCAUGGAGGGAAGUACAUGUGUCGCGGAGCCUUCGAGAAGACCGCCUUUGACCUCAAGAUUAAAGUUGCCGUGGAAAAGAAGAAGAGCUUUCAAUAUUUGAGGCCUGGUGAAGUAGGCCUAAUCGAAGUCUCCAUCCGCGGCUACCCCCUGCCCAAGAGUAAGUGGAUCAAGGACAACCAGCCGUUAAACUACCGCACGGGCCGCUACGCCGUCGGCAAAAUGGGUUUUCUCGGGAUCAAGAAUGUCCAGAGAUCCGACAAGGGGAUGUAUUCACUGGUGCUCGAUAACGCGCUGGAGGCAGACGUGGAAGUUCAAGUAGUUCAAGAGAGUUGCCCAACACCAACGUACUCGGCGGCUUGCCUAGACUCAGACGCAAUAGACAAAUGCCAGACAGACAGAGAUUGUCAAGAUCAAUUUAAAUGCUGCUUUGACGGCUGUCGGUAUAACUGCAUACUCCCUAAACCCGACCCGGCCGAGCAUUCAACUUGCCCUGUGAUGUCGCGUAUUCCGUAUAUGUGCAAUCCUACUACGCAUGCGUGUGACACUGACGAUGACUGUAUUGGUGGAGCCAAGUGCUGCUCGGACUCGUGUAGCCGCAGGUGUACCGCGCCUGACCAGACCAGGACUGAACCGCAAGUGAAGGCGUUCAGUCCUGGUCGCGACCGGCUUAACACAGGAGAAGCUGUCAGGCGAGUCUGCCUGGUCUACCGACAGCCGUUUGUAGGCUGGUUCGCAUCAAAUGGGCAGAAAAUUAUGUCAUCACGUGAUGAGCGCAUGUUCGUGGAGGAUCAUGGUAUAUAUAAGGUCCUUGUCAUACGUAAUGUGACCGUAGAGGAUGCUGGGACGUAUGAGUGCCAGGGUGCUCUCCAUAACGCGACGACCGAAAUCAAGGUGAAAAUGGACAUCGGUGAGUUUAGAGACGCGAUCAUGCUAAAGCCGGGCGCCAUCGGCCUAGUCCCCCUCGCUAUCCGCAGUUACCCCCUCUCGAAGUUCGUCUGGUACAAACGCGGCAGACCGCUAGACAUGGAUAGCGGGCGCUUUAGUGUGAGCCCGAGUGGAUCCCUGGGAAUCCGCCGCGUCCGAUCGGUGGAUGUUGGUAUCUACACCCUGAAGGCACAAGGGGGGGACGAAGGCGUGGUGCAGGAUACGGGGAUCAGCGUGGCGGUGGCGGUGGAAGGUGUGGAUUUCACCGUGUGGCAAGAAUCCUUUGCGCCCGGAGCGACGGUGAGGUGCCUGAAGAAUGAAAUGUACAUCGAGCUGGAGCGGAAGGUUCUCGAUGGAUACAGCGUGAAAGACCUGAGUUUGGCUGAUCCUUCGUGCCGCGCAGUGUCAAACGGAACGCACUACUCGUUCAAGGCCCCACUCGUGGGGUGUGGUACUAAGAGCAAGUUCGCUAAAGAUGCGGUCGUGUACUCGAACGUGGUGAAGGAGUUUAGAGGCGCGGAUAACAUGAUCACGCGAGUUCAAGAUGUUAAUAUCCCAUUUAGUUGUUUCUACACGAGUGAGGGGGUUACUUCGACAUUCGGAUUGCUCCCCAUGAAGAUCCGCCGGGUCAUGGAUGGAGGCAACGCGACCACAAACUUUGUCCUGUCCAUGGAGCUGUUUCGAGAGCAGUCCUUUACGAACGCAUACGCGACGGCAGACUUUCCUCUGAGAGUAACAGUCAACAACCGCCUGUUUGUUCAAGUCAGUAUCGACUCGCCAGACAAACGGCUGAACGUGCGGGCUGAUCGUUGCUACGCGACACCCACACAAAAUCCCAACCACAUGAUCCAGUAUGACAUCAUCCGUGAAGGAUGUAAAGUCGACCCGACAGUUGUAGACUACCCGGGGCCCUCGGACACCCAAAGGUUCAGCUUCAAGGCAUUCAAGUUCAUCUCUCCCGGUCAACAAUUCGUCUACCUCCACUGCCAUCUAUUGGUGUGUAAUGCGUCAGAUCCAAACUCUCGCUGCGCUCAGUCCUGCUCGUCCUUCUCCCGCCGAUAUCGUAGGUCCGCUGCCGAGGUGGAGCUUACUCAAGGCCCUAUCAUGCUUGUCCAAACUCCACCGGACACACUGACACAGAAGCAGGAAGCGAGUAGCUGGACUAUGUAUGUCUGGGUCGUCGGUGGAAUGGCGGCAUUCUGUUUCAUCUGCUUAAUUGCCAUGGCUUACAUGAGAAAACAAAUUAGCAAACAACGAAGCAAAGCUGAUGCUGACCCGGCCAGGGAGACUAACGUUUGAACUGACAAGUACGGGUCCGGAGGGGACGGUGUCUUAAGGCAGCCAUUACAAGCUGAAAGGGCAUUCUCAUUUGACCUUUUUAUUCUCUUUAAAAGAACUGUGAAUUUGGAAUUUUUAGCGCAACAAUAAAAACACAUCGAAAAAUGGCAAUUGUUUUAGACAAAAAUAAGAACUAGGGCACUAAAACAUGUUAGUGUGCUAAGAUGAUCACGCGCAAAAACUCCAUGUUCACAUGAAAUGUUCGUAAGAUAGAAUAGGCAGUUUUCUACCCACUGUUGGUUCUAUUUUUAGAUAUAAUAGAUUAAUAUUUUUAUAAUAUUUGUGCCUUACCCUCGAAGGGACAGUGACUUUAUGUCAUGAGAAGCAGGCAAGACUGAAUCGAGAUGUGGUUGAUUACCAUAAGUUGUUCCAGUCCUUACAGAGACAAGCAUUUGCUUUAGUUUCCCUUUUGAGGUUAUAUAAAAAAAUGCGAGAUAUUGGAAAGUCCAAGAAGUAAGAAAAUUCAGUGAAAUGCCCCUGAGAAUUGCAUACAAAAUAUUUUGGCUAAAAUAGAAAUUAUAGAAGGAUAAUAAUUUUUAUAUUGAAAUAAAGUUAGACGAAAAGUCA